GAGGCAACACUAACAUUCGAGGAAAUGUCCACCUUCCUCGCACAGGUGGAAGCUUGCCUCAACUCUCGCCCGCUGCAAGCAAUGUCCGACGAUCCUGACGACUUCACGACACUGACGCCGGGCCACUUUCUCAUCGGGAGCCCGCUCAACGCCAUCCCAAAAACGGCCCUCGACGACACGGCUGUCACUCGGCUCAAUCGGUGGCGACACGUGCAGCUCAUGCGAGACCACUUUUGGCAGCGAUGGGCUCGCGAGUACAUCCAAAGCCUUGCAUCGCGACCAAAAUGGUUGAAGUCGAGCCCUGCACAGGAAAUCGGGGCCUUAUGCCUCAUCAAAAGUGAGACUGCACCACCGACGAGAUGGCCCUUGGCGCGCAUCACCUCGUUGCACCCUGGCGACGAUGGCAUCGUCCGCGUGAUCGCCGUCCGGGAUCGAUCCAUCGAUCAGUGUUUUUAUGUAUAA